CGGUUACGGCAGCUGUCGCCGACGCUGGCUUGCCUCGAGGACGACGGGGCCUCGGAGGAGCGAGUUUAUCACUAUUGAAACGCAUCCUAAUUGGUCCUGAUUACGCUGGGCGAAGGGGGCCGUCUGCAGAGCUGCCGACGCUUAAGUAAUCAGGAUGUGAUUCCACAAAAAUCGCUGCGGAACGGCGAUCACAAUGAGCGGUGGCGGUUUUAGAGGAAGAGGGCCGGCACCGCGUGGCCGCCGCGGGAUGCCUGGCGGAGUCAGCGGGCCGCAUAAUCCUCGGCCAAACUUCAACCAUCAAAGGAGAGACGGUCAUGGUCCCCCAAGGAAUUACUGGAACGAUCGUUCACCUCUUCCGUGGCAUCAUAUGAACGGCAUGCCACCGCCUCAACGGCCGCAGUUUCCCGUCUAUGAAUCUCACCACUAUAGAGGGCAGCCACAGUUCCGUCCAGGUUCCGGUCACAGAGGUAGGGGCAACAAUCAGCGGAUGCUAGGAGACAGAGGCCCGAGGAGAGGAAUUGCGCCACAUCCUCCCGGAUUUGGCUGCAUGGGAAUGAUUAGACCACGACCGCCGGACCCGCCGCAUUUUCCUCCAUUGGGUUCAGAGGAGGAACGGCAGCAGAAGAUUGCAGAGACAGCGGACAAGUUGAAGCAGAAACUCUCCACGCUCACUGUCGGUAGCAACACUGGGGUUAACUUUUGGGAGGACGAUUUUGAGGCCGCAGGAUUCUCCAAAACUAACAAGGAAGAUGACACCAUCGUGAAUAAGGGCAUACCGGAGCUCAGGCACGAGCCUCCAGAACUUAAUCUUACUGUCAACGACCUCAAGGAUAUUGGUAGGGUAGAUCCGGACUCUUCUAUAAACUCCUAUGAGCAAGCGGAGCGCGCAGCUUACCCAGAGGAAGAUCGACUCACGAUGGGUGACCGUGGAGGAGAGUCAGAACUCUUUGACAGUACUACGAGUUCGGAGUAUUUUGUCAGUGACAUCUCUGCCGCUCGAUAUCGUGGGGAAAAUGAGACUGAAGUACCGAUAGACGUGCGAAAAGAAAGCACAACGCAAAAUGAGCAGAUGGGCUGCGAAUUUGACCAGGUUGAUUUCGCGCACUUGGAUCACAGUCAGAGUCGAGGUCGAGAUAUCUCAUCGCCGAAAGCGAUGGAGGAGUCGACGAGAUUCCAAAAUGAAAAAAAAGAAUCUGAGCAGCAAAAGAACGCGUCGCAAAUUCAUCGCGAAUCACAUUCCGUCGCCAAGGCGCAACCGGAUCAGCUGAAAAAGGUGCGGGAAAAGUUGCGCGAAGUAAUAGAGAACGAGCAAAGAGGAGAAGGAGGAGCAGGAAGAUUUGAAGCAGAGAGAAAUAUCAGGCAGCUAACGGACACUAGGACGGGCUUUCAGUCGGAAGUAGGGCCGCGUCUGCAGCCUGAAAUCGGUUCGGAUUUUCAUCCAGGAUCGCGACCGGCUUUGCAGCGUUUUCAAAACCCACCUCGUUUCCGGCCACCGUUCCGUCCUGAGCACGAGACGCAGUCGAAUUUCAGGCCUGAAUUCCAGCCGACACGAUUCGAUCAACCCAACUUCAGUAUGGGGCCGAGAUUUCAGAGACCGCAAAUCAUGCACUCAGAAUUCAGCAACAGACCUCCGCUCAGGAUAGCUUCUGGGGAACGCGAUAUUCGGAUGGGCUUCGACCCAUCCGGACCCCCGCCUAGAUUCAAUGCUGGACCCUUUUUCAACCGGAGCGAACUGCCGCCGAAGUUCAUGAUGCCUGGUGGACAGAACGGUCAACAACCGCCUCUUGGGUUUUUCCCCGCGGGCCCGAUACCAGGGUUCGUCGGUCAAGAUAAGGAGCCGCCCUUCAGUUCGGGCAUUGUGUCUUCGACAACGGUUUCCGAUUUUUCGCAAAUCGGUUACACUCAGAUCUCGCACAUGCACGUGACGCAGGGUCCGGGCUACGUGCCCCUCGUCAAUGGAAGCUUCAAUCCCGUCAUUCCGCUUACCAACGCCGCGCCAAGCAUAAUUCCGCAGUUUCCACCACCUGUUGUACCUUCUUCCUCAGCUUCGAAUUCUCCGAUCGAACCUCGCGUCGUAAUCAACCCAAUGCCGAUCGCUAUUGAGGCCCUCGAUAUUCAGCCUCCACCGCCACCUCCGUCUCCGCCCGAAGAGAAAAGCGAAUCCUGCCAACGGAGCGAUGAAAAAUUACCUGAGGCAGCGGAAAAUCGGCCGCUUAGUCAGAACCCAACGUCCAACAUGAACGAGGAACUCGAAGACAUGCAGGAGGCACUUGAAUUUGCUAAACAGUUCAUGAACAUGAACACUGAUGCAGACGAGAAGGAAGAUCAAAAAGAGGAGGGUGAAAAAAAACAGAAGACGCAAGAAGACAGUGUAAAAUCUGAUGAGCCAAAGCUGGUUGAACCGCCAUCGAUCAUUUCUCAGGUGCAACCGCCUUCUCCACGUGAACCUGUAAUUAGCCAGAAGCAAGAAAGUAAGGAGUUAAGGACAAAGAAAAUUGAGCAGGCCAGCGAACAAGUCAGGCCGGAAAUUGUGGCGAAUAAAUAUUCUGGUAAGGAGAGUUUAGUCUUGGACAAUACGUCGCUCAUGAACGAACUGACCAGACCGAAAGUCGCGUUCAACGUGAGUUCGAAAAUAAAGAAAAUAACGCAAAUCGAAGAGUGGAAAAGUCAGCAGAUAGAACCGACUGUUAGUUCUAGUCAAAGUCGUCGAUUGACCUUGCGAGAGAAAUUGUCUGAUUCUUCAACUUCUCCCCUUGCUAUCAGAGACGAAUCAAAGGGUAGCAAAAAGGAUUGUGAAGUAAUAUCCAGUCCUACGGAUGACAGACGCGACGGUAAAGAGAGCGAGCGGCAUGAUAACCAAACCAAACGACGACAUAAAGAAGAGGGGAGACAUGAAGAGAGGAGAAGUUCUUCGAGGAAUUCUUCAAGGUCGCCGAGCACGGCUUCGGUUGACGGUCUGAGAGGCAGUUCGCCUAGUCAGCUGGUUCUUUUGAAGUCAGCCCACCUGAGCAGCCCCAAAGAAACAACAAACGACAGAGUUGACACGGCAAGUCUAAAGACACGUGCGUCAAGCUCGAAGACUCCAGGGAAUUCGCUGCUGGCCUCAACAGUCGACGCUAACUGGAAAGACAAAGUGAUAAAUCAGUUUUUGAAGAUGAGCAAAAAUGACAUAUGCAACAUGGUGAACAGUUCCGGCCUGAGGAAGUUCGACAUCGCGAUGAAGCGGCUGGUCAAAGAGCGCAAGUACUCCUUGUCUCAAGAGAGGAGAUCCUCGGCUGACGACGCGGUCAAAGGGUAUGACAUGUCACGUGAAGAGUUCAUGAGCCAACUGAGUGCGAUGCUUGACCCCAGCGCCACUGUUGACGUGAAGAAUUUACCUGCCAAGUUCAUUCAGCAUCUCAGCGAGGUACUGAAACUGGAUGUUGAGUCGCACCUGAACGACGGGGCUGAAUUGUCUAUGGAAAACGACGACCCGCUAGACAGCUUGGAUCCGGCUGAGGUAAACCAAGAAAAUGAAAACGAGGGUAAUAAUUUGCUUGACAAUCACCCAGAGACGCCGAGCUUCGAACAAUUCCUUGGCUCCGAUGUUAACCCAGGGCCGGAUUAUUCUACCGACGAUACUUUCGCUCUUAGUACUAAGUCUGAGCUAUAUUCAAACCCAGAGACUCACAUUACUACUGACAUUGGUCAUAUGCUUACCGACGCUCACGACAGCGGUAGCAAUCUGGCCAACGAUGAUAGUUUACCAAAUAUGGCAGCUAUAGACGAUAUAUUCUCCGCAGGAAUCGCCAGGGCAAAGCUGGGCCAAAAAUCUGCCAAUCGCAUCACGGAGGAAAACAGCUUGGAUAAAGCUGACAUCGAUUUUUCAUCCAAAGGUGGAUUUCUCAGAGCGAGGAACUUAAGGACGAUGCAAGUGUCACCGCCACAUACUUCUCUGAACGACAUAUUUUCUCUAAAACCAGAUGACAGUUUGCCGGUACCACUACAAGAUACUUUUCAGACAAACCUUGAGUCUGGCGCUGAGGGGUGGAACAGAAAAAAACGACAGAACCCUGACAUGUUCAGGAAUCUAACCAAGGAAGAGUGGGAGGCAAAAUGCGCGGAGAAGGAUGUUGCUUCUUCGAGUAAAGCGAGUUCUCCGAGGGGCACGGGAAGCCCGAGAGCACUGAGUAUGAAGUCUAACAGAUCUACAAGAAAUCAGUCACCUCCAACGCCGGUGAGAGAAACGAGUACUCGCAGCUCGAGCGCCACUCAAGGCAGGCAGACAGAUAGUAAUGACUCGGACGACAGCAGUAGCGGCUGGAGCAGCGAUUCGAGCGACAGUGAACACUCGUUGCAUGGCACGCCAAAUGUAUCAAAAUUGCUGCGUGUGAUAAAGGAACGCGAAAAACGAGCCAAGAACAAAAGUCUGAACGAAACAAUUAGGGACGAGGUUAACUCUGAAAUAGAACGGGAGAAAUACAAGGAUAGGGAACGACUAAAAGAGCGGAGGAUCAGAAAACGUGAGAAAAGUAAAAGAAAGAGAGAGCGCAGAGGGAAAAAGAAAAAGCGGAAGCACAGGAAACGCGACUUGGAAGAGCAUGACGAGGCAGAAGCGGAAUUGAUCAUUCCCAAAGUCGAGGUGAGCUCUAUGGAUGUGAUAAUCAAGGAAGAACCUGACUUUGAGGAGAAAGAAACUGUGAGCAAAAAAUUCAUUGGUAUUGAAAAAGAUCAUCUCGCUAUGAAAAAAUUGAGCAGGUUCGUUCCUGAGGAACAAAUAUAUGUGCAACCGCAGAAUGCGAUCUCUAAACGCUUGGACAGUGGUUUAAAUAAUCAAAAACUACCCAUCCGUCAGAAAUCCGUGUCCUGUCCAUUGACGCAGAAAUCGACUGGUGAAGUUAAGACUAACAAAGCACCGCCGCCCACUGUUCCCAAUGUGAAUGUAACACCAUCACCUGAUGUCGACACUGUAAAAAAAGCCCUGACACCCACUGUUAACGUUGUGAAAAUAACACGGGCACCUGCUAUUGACACCGUAAAAAAAGCACCAUUACCUACAGUGAAACUGACACCAUUACCUGCUGUUGACACUGCAAAAAAAGCACUGCCUCCAGCCAACAAUGUUGAGAAAGUUACACCAUCAGCUGCUGUUGACACUGUAAAAAAAGCACUGCCACCAGCUGUUAAGGUUGUAAAACUCACACGGUCAUCUGCUGUUGAUACUGCAAAAAAAGCGCCGCCGCCAGCUGUUAACGUUGCAACAGUAACACAGUCAUGUGCUGGGGGCACUGUAAAAGAAGCAUCACCGUCAGCUAUUGGCAUUGCUAAAGAAGCGACACUUCCAGUUAAUGAUGUUGCACAUAACACAUUAGUGUGUGCUGCUGACAAUGUGAAAGAAGCGCCCAAGGUUGUAUCGGCAUUGGAGAAGUUCAAGAAAAGCACUGAGAGUGGGAGCUGGCCAUCUCUUCCGGAGAUUCCUCUGGUAAACGUGCGACUAGUAGACAUUAAGCACACUGUGAAUCAGCUGAAAAAAUCUGGAGCUAAGAAGAUUGACAUACAGGCUUACAAAGCUCGAAAGCUGCAAGGUGACACAGAGAAACAGGAGAAAGCUAAGGAAGUUGAAACAUGUCCUACACUGCUGGCUGAUGAUUCACCCAGUUGCAAAAAGUCGAGCGAUGAACUGGUGUGUGAUGUGAAAACCAAAGAGAAGAUCGAUGGUCUGAAAGAUCCGAGAAUCCGGACUCUGGAUGAUGGGACGGAAAAAAAUUCUACUCAUAUGAGUCAGUCCGAAUUGAAAGAGACUCAGCCUGCGAUUACCCAGGGUCCUUUACGGCGGCGCAUUUUACGGAGAGGGACCCAUUGUGCUGAAAAAAUGGCAGCGGAGGAAACAAAGCAGAAGAAAAAGUCGGAGGCUAUAGGACAGAAAAAAAAUCAGAAGACAACGGAAGAACAACAAGUGGAUGAUCAGAAAAACAAGGUGAUUGACAAGAAAGAUUCUAGAAACGACUCAAGGGUCAGAAAAGAAUCUUUGUCAAAUGAGGAGAGGUUUAAAAAGAUGAAAGAAUCCGAAGAUAAGUUGCGAAGUCGCUUAUUCCAAAAAAAGAAUUGUGACUCUGCCAAACCACAGGACAAGUUUCAAUCGAGAUCGGUACAGCAGAAGAACAAUUUCAUCGUUGAAUCAAGUGAUGUCGAAUCGGAUAAACUCAGGACCAAAAAGAUUAAUGAACGAAGUGAUGUACAACUUUCCAAGGAUCGGAAAGGUCUCCCAGAAACUAAACAGGUUGGGAAAAAGUUGGUAAGAGGGCAGUUCAAGGCCAGUAGUGAACAACGUAACCCGGUGAUUAUUUUGGAAAAGAUUGCGACUGAGCAAACAAAGGAGAACAUUGAACACCUUGGAAUGACAAAGAAUCUGGCAAAAGAUGUUGCAACACCUGCCGUAAGUGAAAUGGAUGAUAAAUUGGGAGUGCCAGAAGUGGUAGCAGGUCAAAGUGAAAGUCCGACUCCCGACGAACAAUUAGUAAGGGUUGAGUCUAGAGCUAGCAGUGAACAACCUAGCUCAGUGUUUAUUUCGGACCAAAUAGCGACAGACCAAAAAAGAGAAGAGAACAUCAAACACCUUGAAAUUAUAGAGAAUCUGGUAAAGAAUGCUGAAGUACCUGCUGUGACUGAAGUGACCGAAAGCUUAACAGCGCAACAAGUGGUAGCACCUGAGAUUGUGGAACCAACUCCUGAAGAACCAUUGGCAGGGGUCGAGCCUAGAGAUGGUAGUGGACGACACAGUGUGGUUCUUGUUUUGCAUAAAAUCGUAACUGAACAAAAACAGGAGCAGAAUACUAAACACAUCGAAACCACGGAGAAUCUGGAAGAAUCCGGAGAAUCACAAAAGAAUGCUGAAGUCCCUGGUGUAAGCGAAGAGGCCGAAAUAUUGGAAGUGCCAAAAAUAGUAGGUGAGGGUGCAAAAUCGGUUUCAGAAACCACUGAAACAGCGGUGAGUGUUGUCGACCCAUCACCUCGAGUGGAAAUGGAAGCUGAAGAGGCUGCAGUUUGUGAAGAACAAGUGAUUACGGAAGUCGAAACUCAGAAUUUAGAUGAUCCGAAGUACGAUUUACAGACCGAGAAACUGCGAGAAAGUAUUGAGAAAGAUUCGAACAGUAGGAAUGAUCCUUUGAUUCAGAAUGUGGCAACAACUACUGCUGCAGUUGAACAAGAGGUGAUAAAGUCGACCGAAUCUAAUGUGUUAGAUACAGCAGAAAAUGUUACAGAUGCAACAGAUAAUGUGAUAGAUUUGCCUGAGACACAGGAAGAACUUCUGAGCCACGAAGCUGAGAAAAUAAUGCUAGUAUCGAACCAGCUCGACGCUGACGAGCUUGACCUCACCGAGUCGCGCGAGAGUGACGUGAGAACGGUAGUUAACGAUUUAAUACAGGAAGUAGUUUCUCGGUUGGAAAUAUUGAAUGACGACACUGAAGCUGAAACGAUAAUUGCGUCCUCCUCAAUCGUAGAAAUUGCAGCUGAACUGUCAGAACUAUCGGAGUAUGGUGCACUGGAUUUAAAAUCUCCGGAACCACCUGAGAGCCCGCUGAAGGGUUUUUCAGAGGAUUCGAUAAACAGCAGCUUACUGGGAAAACGCAAACUGGCUCAAUCGGUACUGGAAAUAACAGAAGAUUUCAUAUCAAGCAAAAGGUGCAAAGACAUCGACGAAAUAAUGCUGUCAAUGAUCAGAGAGAGUGGGAGCUGCACAGAGGUGAUUGUCUCUCCAGAUUCUGGGGAACUCGACGAUUCUACAUUGAAGAUUAAUGAAGGUGUCGAAUUGGGAUCGACUAUAGAGGAGGAAAAUCAGAAUAUGACUGAAGCAGCAACUACCCAUGACAAUGGCAAAAUCUGCCCAGGACCUGGGACGCCUUCAGGUGAUACUCUUUCACUUGGCAGUUCAAUAGACCUAGACAAUAGCGAAUUCAUUGUUCUGUCAGAGAUAUUGUCAGAUGAUAACUUUCCCCGUGAUGAAAAUGAGUUUGACAAACCUAAACCGGAAAGUCGAGAAAAGGCUGGAGAAAUAAGUUGCUCGGAAGAAGUGUCUGGGAAAGCAGAAGAAGAGCGCGUCGAAGCGCAGGAAAAUACCCAGGUCCUUACAAAGUCCCUCAAGGAGAACGAAGAACUGGAAGCGAUCCUUUGGGACCUGACAGAAUCCUCUCAUCCUGCCAUUGUCAAAGAUCUUAGUCCAUCGAUAGAAUUAGAAAUAACUUUAUCGCGUGAAAUUUGCAAAGCGCAACAGGCAGCUGAAAAGUGCAAUCAAACAUCAUCUAUAGAAAAAAUUUUCGUAUCGAGUGAGCCUGUUGAAGAUGUUGUGGCGGAAAAAGACACGCGUGAAGUUCUGAACUGCGAUUCGAAUUCGAAAAUAAUUCACAGUACAGAGAAUGACGAAUGCAUUAGAGGUAACGACUGCACUACUCCUGAGGCUAGUGAUGAUAAAAUUACCAAAACUGACAAAAAUCUUUCAUCCAGUGAAAACACCAGCAGCAGCAAGCAUUUACACAGUGUUAAACGUAGGCAUGGAAUGAAGCAUAAAAAGGGAAAGAAACUGGAAGUUCUCGGAGAAAAGAAGAUAAGGGAUAUACUGAAGGAGGAGGAAUUGGUAUCGAUUGUAAAAAAAGUACAAACCAGAGAAAGUGUCAUGGCAAGAAUGGUGGAAAUCGAUUUGGAGGUACAUAAAUUAAUGUCAGAGAAAAUGAAGCUGUAUGAAAUGCUAAAAAGUGGCGAUCUGCCGGUCGAGGAGAGUUCAGCUGCCGCCAAAGGAUUCGCCGAGCCUCUGUUGGACAACGUGAGCACUUCUCAUCGAGAAUCCAACUCUCAUACAGGGAGGAAAGAGUGUAGCCAAACUCCUGAUAGGCAGGAAUCUACUUCAAAAGCGAGAACAGAAUCUCCGCAACUAAGGUCCGAGGCUCGUACAGGGAAAACGGAAUGCAGCAGAAACUCCAGAGAGCGUGAAUCAAGUUCCAAGACAAGAUCGGUUUCUCCACAUACUAAAUCUGCUAAGAAUGUUAUAAGCUCUGCUGCACAGGAUGAUACUGGACAUCGUGACAAUAGCGAAACAAUCACAGUGUUCAAAAAGAAAAAGAAGAAGAAGAAGCGAAAUCAAGAGAAGCGUGAGAGGCUGACCAGGCAUAGCAGUAUCACUGCUGCUAGUGAGUCUAAAUCGUCUCGAGUGAGAAAGGAGUCGCCCAACAAGCAGAGUGAUCCAAAAGGCUUGAUCACGAAAGGAAAAGGCGACAAGACGAGCAAUUCCAGUCAUAGCAGUAAACACAAUGAGGUAGAAAACAUGAACUUGACUUCGCGUAGUGACAAACGUGAGGGUAAAACAGUAGAGUUUACUAAAACUACGGAGCAAAGUCCUGUGGCGGAAAUCCAAUCUGCAGUCGGUCAAAAGCGCAGAAGAUCUCAGCACAGCAGGGAAUCAAGACGAAAGGCAGAUAAAGCUGCUGGCCUUGAAGAUGAUCAGUCCAAGAAAAAAGAGCAGCUACACCAGGUAGCCCACGAAACUAAAUUGCGGAGCAGAACUAUCUGUGAAUCUCUAAACAGUGCUGUGGAAAAACAGGAGAGUAGUCAGGUUUCUGAAGCGAUGGUAAGCAAGGGGAGCAGAAAGAGUUUCAGUGGACCGCCGCCGGCCAAAAAGUCUGAGAAACGGGAAAAAACUGUAUCGAGAGUUCGUCGAAGAGCCAUUUUUACCAAGGUCAGGAAGGGUCGAUUAAAAAAAGCACCUGAACCGCGGGAGUACAGUCCCAACGUUUUGUCGGCAUCCGAGGAUGAGAUUCCCCUCAAUUUACUCUACGUUAAAAUAUCUCCAAAGAAGCACAAAAAUUCUUUCAACACAGUUCGCAGUACAAACAAAAAAUUGCCAGAGACUAAAUCUAAUCAAGUUACCGACCACCUUCAGGAGGCGAUAGAUGCAGUGGCCGAAGGCAAGAUCGAUGAAUACCGACAGUCAGGUAAAAGCAAAGUCAUUGAAGUUCCAACGACAACAGCAGUAGAACUCGAUGUUCCAAAGACGAUUCAUCAAGUUCUACCUGAUGCGAGUAUUCAAUGUGAGGUUAAUCCGUCGGCAGUGGAGCGGCUAAGUUGUGACGAGACCUCAGUAAAAAAUGACUGUGAGGCAGAACCAAAAAAGCUUCACAAUCUGAAUGAAAUUGAAACCGUUAUCGGAGCGACUGCGAGAAAGUUGCCAACACCAGUUCCUCAGUCUGAUAAUAAUUUGCCAACGGCCGGACUCUUAGAGAAUUCUGUGACGAAUAGCGGUAGAAUCGAUAUGAUCGAGACGAACCAAUGCAGAGGGAAAACAGCGGGUAGCAAUGGCGGGGUGAAUCAGUUUUCAGCAUCGGAGCAAUCCUGCAAUGAGAGCGGGGUUGAAAUUGUGUCAUCGAACCUGAUGGUCGAUAUCCCGGACUUUGUGGAAGGUGGCUCUAGGAUUCUGCCGCUCGAUCCCGAUUUGGGUGGUAAUUCUACAUCCUGUAAUUUGGGAAUGGAAAAAGAAGUGGACAACCUCGACCCCAUGCUCGAAACGGUUAGCUACGAUAUGGCAAAGGAAGUCGAAGUUUCUUCGAGUGCUGUCACCAGGGGAAAGCGGAAAAGGAUGGUCAGCACGGACCGAAGACCUGGCAGCGGUAACGCUCCUUCCAAAAAAAGGAGUGCCAUCACCAGGUUAGAGAUGAUGAGCUGCUACGUGUGCCUGACCGAUUGCAAUAAGUACGCUGAUCUGAAGAAUAGCUCACUGAAGACAGGCUCUCGUCGAAGCUCCAGAAUAUCCAAUGCUGGUUCAGAUAGAUCCGUGGAGCAAACGCCUCAGCAGAAAUUAAACACCGCAGAUCCGUUUUGUAUGGAAAGUGCAAUGGAGUGCGAUGUCAGGACAGCCAAAUCAAAGAGCCCGUUCUCUCUGCAACCUACCUCCAGUGCAGAGCCUACUACGGCAGCAGAAUGUCCAGACAAGUCGCUUGCAAGUCAUCGUCAGCCUACCGAUGGUGAAAUCGACAUUCUCGAGAUGGAGAGGCAUUCUCAGUGCGACAAUGACGAGCUUUCGGUAAUUGAAAUUCAAAGAUCGACAAUGUCCGAGCGUGGCGGUCGUCCAGCGUCAACACCUUUGAAACUAGCCGCCAACAUUGCUCAGAGAUGCGACCCCACACUUUUUAAUUCUUCUGGAAGAAGCUCGGUGGCUCUUGAAAAAUCGACUCAAGAACAACAGAGUAAACUCAGACCACGCUCCAAGUCUGUUAUCAACGUUGCAGAUCUAAGAGCGGACUGGGACGAACCUAGUCUUGAAGAGAUUGACAGUACAGUGGCGCAAACGUCUGCACCUGUUAAUGAGAAAUCACACGCAAGCCCGAACCAGGACGAGGUUCAAAUAGUCAGUGAAACCGCUAAUGAGCAGACAGAGAAUGAAGUCGAAGAGGUUGAACUGCCUAGGAUACAGUACAGCGUUCACAAGGGACCAAUACUCGAGGUCAAGGUGUUCGGUGAUUCGAUUCUUGCUGCCAGCGAAGACGGGGUGAUAUACCGAUAUAGUCAAACCUGCAAUGGGAUUCUCAACACUUAUGAGGGCCACAAAGCGGCAGUGACGUGUAUGUAUGUUCUGGGUGUGGGUGCCAUGGAGAUUGUGAGGGAUUGGCUGUUUUCUGGUUCCUUGGAUGGUUCGCUUCGGUGUUUUGACAUAAAGACCAGUGUGCAGAUUCGAGGCGCCGCAGACGUUCGAAGCCCGAUCCAGUGCAUGGAUCAGGCAUGGGGAGUGAUUUACCUAGGCACCAAGUCUGGCUACGUCUUUCGUUUCAAUAUAAAGUCCCACACUUUUAAAAGUGAUGAAAUAAAGUUCUCUGAGGAGGCAGUACUCGCUUUAAAAGCAACGACGGAGGGUCCGCGUCGAGUCCUGAUCGCGGCAUCCAGAAGCCAGCCAAUAACGAUAAGAGACGCGCUGAGUGGUCUCUUUCUCAGAACGAUAAGCGGCAACAGGAGUUACACUGUUUACAGCCUUAUGAUGGAGAGUAAUUUGGUUUACUGUGGAACCAGCAGCACUGCAUUGCCAGUUUUUGACUUCAUCAACGGAUCACAAAUCGAGCUGUAUAACGCUGGACCUGGCAUUGUGUGCAUGAGGAUGUACAAACGAUUGCUUUUCGCCGGAUGUUACGAUGGCAAUAUUUACGUAUUCGACACUAAGGAUCGGAGACUCGUCUGCAGCAUACCUGGACCAGGGAACAUGCUGCUGAGUAUGGAUAUUGUAAAGAAUAAGAUGGUAGCGGGCAGCAAAGAUCGAAGAUUGCAUAUGUGGCAGAUGCCGGAUCAAGUGCAAGCAAUACUAGCAACAAGAACGUAACGUAAAGCUUACGACUAAGUAAAUGAAUCUAGUCAAUGGAUGCAACUAGGAAGAGCAGCUAGUUGGUAAAAUAGAAUAAGAAUUGGUCAGACAAUGAUGUGCUGCUAACGGCGUGACAAACAUAGAGGAU